GUUAGUAUACCGGCUUUGACUUGUUUUAUUGUUCUAUUUCUACGACAUGUUAUCAAAAAAGUGGGCUCUAGGCUCAUUUACGUUUGAAAGUAAUUUUGUUCGUGUCCUUGAACAUUUUUAUUCAUAAAGAAGACAAGAAACUUGCAACUAUUGCAAUAAUUACAGGUUGAUUUGGAACCGUCCCAGACAAUGACGGUAUAAUAAAUAGUAAGUCACGGGCCAUCGUAGUCACAAGAGUAUUUAAAUUCGGUUUAACCUUACAUAACGUAGCGAGAAUGGAUAUUUUUGACGAUCGAGGUAUUCUGUACAUCAUAGCGGAUCUGCUCUCGCUCAUCACGAUUGCUUCCUGUUUAUUCUGCAAAGUACCACAAAUUCAAACCGUGCAGAAGUUGCGUUCCGCAACUGGAUUAUCCCUAAAUGGGUUACUCAUGGAACUGUGCAGCUACACUGUGACGAUGCUGUACAACUUCACGAAUCGGUAUGCCUUCCUGUCGUACAUGGAGUACCCUAUUCUUUUGAUUCAGGAGUACGUUUUGGUGUACGUGGUGCUCAAAUACAAGAACAUGUUGAGCCAGACAUCUUUCAUGCUGUCGGCAGUUUAUCUGGCGGUGUUUGUUGGAUUCGCUACCGAAGUUAUUCCCGGUAGUGUGUUGAUGAUGCUUGUGCCGUUCACGACUCCGGUGGGCGCUACAAGCAAAGUGAUGCAGCUUGUUGCAAUUCUACGCUCGAAAGAUUCACAGUCAAUCAGUCUGCUAACAUGGGGCAUUUCUGCAUUUACCAAUUCAACUCGCAUCUACACCAUCCUGUUGGACUCCGGCGACAAAAUGUUGUUGACAAAUUUCGGAAUAUCAACUUUUCUAAGUUCUUCGGUUUUGCUAGCGGCUUGGUAUUACAAGAAGCCAAAGCAAGAAUAAAAGGAAUCGAGAAUGUGAUGAUCCACAUUUUUUUACAUCUACCUCCUGCAUUGGCUUACGAUUACGAAUGUGAUUGAACGACUAUUAACGACCUGGUUGCAUACUUUUCACUACAGUACGGUACAUUCAAAACUAUGUUUACCGACAGUAGUCAGAAGUAAGUUGUAAACAUUAUAAUUACUUAUCUAGUCUACACAUGUAAGGAAAAUUUUCCUAUUCUGCACAGGCUUUUUUACCGAAUAAUGUAGCUAAAUAUUAUUCAUUUCAUCACCUCAAAAAGACAAAUAAAGUUACUUAUGAAAUCACACUAGAA